AUGACCAUGAUCCUCGCCGGCCUAUCGGCCCACCUCUCCUCCCGCCCCACUACAAUUCCCGCCUUCAUAGGCGCCAACCUCUACGAAUACGCCAACCCCCCUUUAACAAUCGAAGCCCAAAUCACCCCCACCCUCUCCGCCCUCGCCCUCGUCGUCGCAGUAACCUACUGCCACCGCACCUCCACGCCCUUCACGCCGCCUCUCCCCACUCUCCCUUUCGCCGCCAACGUCUUCCGCAUGCUCGGCCGCCCCCUCUCGACACACGAGCAUACCGCCAUCGAGAAACUUUGGCUGCUAUACGCCGAUCACGGCCUCGCCAACGCCACAGCCGCCUUCCUGCACACGGCCUCCACGCGCGCCGACCCCGUCAGCUGCCUCAUCGCCGCCCUGAGCGCCGGCUACGGGCCCCUGCAUGGCGGCGCCAUCGACAUGGUCUACCACAUGCUGGCGCGCGUGGGCUCAACAGCACAGGUGCCGGCACUGAUCGCGGAGGUGAAGAGCGGGAGGGGGAAGCUCUAUGGGUUCGGCCAUCGCGUGUACGAGACUGUGGAUCCGCGCGCCGGCUUUGUGAAGGAGAUCUUGGGCGGGUUUGAGCGCCGCAAGUUCGAGAUUGUGGAGGUCGCGGAGGAGAUUGAGCGAUGCGUGAGCGAGGAUGAGUGGUUCCGGAGCAGGAACAUCAGGAUGAAUGUUGAUCUUUUUGGGUGCUUUGUCUAUACUGCGCUGUACGUUGCACUCCAUCUCUUCCACCCUUUCCUCCGUUGGAAGCGCCUACAGUGGAUCGAGUGCAUUGGGGUAUCGUUACUUGGCGUUAGCAUUGGAGGGACUCAUGGAUUUGUGUUAGUGGUUUGCCGCCCGAGAUCAUCUUCCCGUUGA